AGCACCCACUGAGAGCGCACGUGAAACUGAAAAUACUGUACUUGGCAGACAGACGCCGUUUUAGAUUAUAUGAUCUUCUUAUCAAGAUGAUCGCUGCAAUUUUAGGCCAGCUGUUGGCUAAAGUAAGAAGGCUAAAGAGCCACAUGUUCUUCGCACCAUGUGGUUUUUCGUUCUUCACUGCAGCACAGCUAUCUUCAAAUCAAUUUUCUAAACCUCCUGAUAGAAAUAUUCUCCUCAUGGGUCUUCCAGGAGCAGGCAAGACCUGCGUGGGCCGGGUUGUGGGAUACAAACUUAGAAUGCCUGUUAUUGAUAUAGAUGACGAUGUCCUUGAAAAGACUUGGGGAAUGAGUGUGGCAGACAAGCUCUCUGAAGUCGGUGGAGAUCAUUUUAUUGAAGAAGAAGGUAAAGCGGUGUGUGGAUUCACAGCCACAGGAAGUGUCAUCUCACUGACCGGCUCCAAUCCACUGCAUCGGGAUGCAAUGCAGCAUCUGAAACGCUCUGGAGUAAUCGUGUACCUGGAUGUAGACACAGAAGAUAUCAUGCAAAGACUCGGUCGAAUGAAAGUAAACAGGAUUGUGGGUCAGAAUUCUGGCGUUUCCAUGAGAGAUAUAUUACAAUACAGGAAACCAUUUUAUGAGGAAUGGUUAGAUGCGAGAGUGCUUUGUGGGACGGGAGACUCUAUAGAGGAUGUGGCUGAUAAAGUUAUGAAGACUCUGCUUAGAUUAGAGGACUCAGAAUCAGAGACCUUCAUUUCAACGAGGAGCCAAAGGUCAAGUGAUCCCAAGUUUUUCAGUGAUGUUGUCAUAGAAGGUCUCGCGCCAGAUGGGGGACUUUACAUACCAAAGAAAGGAAUCCCUAAACUUGAACCUUCCGAAUGGUUGAGAAUAUCCAGCAUGCCAUAUGACAUGAGAGCUGUGACCAUAUUGGAAAACUGUAUCCAUCCUUUGGAUGUGUCCCCUGUGGAAUUGAGCAAAAUGGUAAGCCGUGCCUACAGCCAGAACUUUGCCAAUCAAUCAGUUGUUCCUCUAAAGCACCUCACUGAUCAUCAGUACCUUCUAGAACUCUUUCAUGGCCCGACUGCCUCUUUUAAAGACCUGGCACUGCAGUUAAUGCCUCAGCUCUUUGCCCACUGCCUGCCACAGAUGUGCAACUACCUCAUUCUAGUGGCCACAUCUGGAGAUACUGGAAGUGCGGUGCUAAACGGCUUCGGGAAUCUUAAAGACAGUGACCGGGAUAGGAUCGGGGUGCUUGUGUUCUUCCCUGAGAAUGGAGUGAGUGAGAUUCAGAAACUACAAAUGACAGGAUUCCAAGGUGGAAAUGCCAAGUCCAUCAGCGUCCUGUCCGACUUUGACUUCUGCCAAAGGAGCAUUAAACAAAUGUUUGGGGACUCCAGCUUGAUUGGACACUUUGCUGUGGAGUACGCCACAAUUCUCAGCACUGCAAACUCAAUAAACUGGGCCCGACUACUUCCUCAAGUGGCCUAUCACUGCUCGGCGUACAUGGACCUGCUAAAAAAUGGCAUAUUGUCAUUCGGGGAUCCCAUUGAUGUGUGUAUACCUACUGGUAACUUUGGGAAUGCAAUGUCAGCCCUGUACGCCAAACAAAUGGGAAUCCCAAUACGGAAAGUGAUCUGUGCGUCCAAUCAUAACUGUGUCAUAUCUGACUUCAUCACUAGCGGUGAGUACGAUCUACGUGACAGGAAGCUGCUGGUGUCAAACUCCCCUGCCAUUGAUAUCCUAAAAUCCUCCAACCUUGAAAGGUUCAUCCAUCAUGUAUCUGGUGGAGAUGGGAGUCUUGUCAGAGAUCUGUUUUUGAGUCUAGAAAGAGAUGGGUUCUUUAAAGUGUCAGAAACUUUACGGCAGAAGAUAAAUCUGGAAGUUCAAGCUGGUUGGUGCUCAGAGGAUGACUGUUUGACGGCCAUACGGGAGGUGCAUAAAUCAACAGGGUACAUAAUGGACACUCACACAGCGAUUGGCAAAGUAGUUGCAGAUCGUCUACAUGACAGAAGCUGUCCACUGGUGAUAUGCUCCACUGCACACCACGGGAAGUUUGCUCCGGCUGUCUUAAGAGCUCUUCAGUGUCAAAAUAUCCCACAGGACCCUGUCAAGCAGCUGGAUGAACUCUGCAGCAUUGGAGGUCAGGAGCAGAUGCAUGGGACUCUCAUAAAUUGCAUGAGGAGAGCAGGAAAUAAUCAACAUGAAGUUUGUCAGGCUGACUAUAGCAAGCUGACAGAUCAAGUAGAAAAUAUGAUACAAGAUUUAUUUUUGAAAGUCCGGUAAGACCUGCAAUGUCCACUAGAUGGUAAUGUCUGUCAAGAAACAAUCAACAUUCGUCAAUUUAAACACAAGGUGGCAGUAAUGUGCUGGGAUAAAAUUACAAUGUUGAUAUUCAAGAGAUGUACAAGAUUGUCAUAACUUCAUGAUGGAAGCUGAUAGUAUCUAAAUUGAUUUAAAUUCUCACUACUUUUGCACAGAAAGGCAGUUUAAUAAACAUGUCAGUGUUUUUCAUACAUUGGA